ACAGGGACUUCCCUUAGCCUCCAUCAUCUGCAGGGAGGGAAAACAGGCUCUCACACACACUCUGCCUCCCACAUACACACACACGCACUCUGUGCUGAGCGCUAGCAAGAGGCUUCACACACAGCUUCACACGAAAUCCAGACAAAGGGAGUGUAACCUGCAACGAUGGAGGAAAACAUGGAUGAAUCCCAGAGCCAGAAAGGCUGUAAGGAGUGCUGCGAGCGAUGCGUGGGCAGUCUGCCCUGGGCGUCGCUCAUCGCCACCAUCUUGCUCUACAUGGGCGUGGCCUUGUUUUGUGGGUGUGGCCACGAGGCUCUCAGCGGCACCGUCACCAUCCUGCAGAACUACUUCGAGGUGAUCCGAGCUCCCGGAGACGUGCUGGACGUCUUCACCAUCAUCGACAUCCUGAAGUACAUCAUCUACGGCCUCGCCGCCGGCUUCUUCGUGUUCGGAGUGCUGCUGCUGGUGGAGGGCUUCUUCACCACCGGCGCCAUCAGGGAUCUCUACGGAGAGUUCAAGAUCACCGCCUGCGGACGCUGCCUGACUGCUUUCCUUAUGGUUCUGGCCUACCUGUUCUUCCUGGUGUGGCUCGGCGUCACGGCGUUCACCAGCCUCCCGGUCUUCAUGUACUACAACGUCUGGUCCAUGUGUAAGAACGCCACCUCAGUGGAGGGAGCCAACCUCUGCCUGGACCUGCGCCAGUUCGGAGCAGUGACCAUCUCGGAGGAGAGGAAGGUGUGCAUGGGCUCUGAGAAGUUCCUGAACAUGUGCGACUCCAACGAGCUGGACCUGACCUUCCAUCUGUUUGUGUGUGCGCUGGCGGGAGCCGGAGCCGCCGUCAUCGCCAUGGUCCACUUCCUGAUGGCGCUGGCCGCUAACUGGGGCUACCUGAAGGACGCCAGCCGGAUGCAGAAGUACGAAGACAUAAAGUCGAAGGAGGAGCAGGAGCUGCAUGACAUCCACUCCACGCGCUCCAAAGAACGCCUCAAUGCCUACACAUAAACCCAGAGCCACCGGAAACAACACACACUUACCUGUCAGACACACACACACACUCACACACACACAGCGGCUGAUACAAGCCUGAGGACAGCAUAAAUCCAUCAGACAGGAGAAAAACACAGAAAGAAAAGAUGAGAACUCCGACACCGUCAUCAUCCUCGUGUCUGCAGAUCAUUGGCUCCGGUGCUUCUGUUUGUCCUGAGCAGAACUUUUAACCUUUGACCUUGAACGAAUAAAAUCAGCCGAACCUUCUAAAGGUCCCAACGCUUAGCGGCCUGAACGGCAGAACAAAUUCUUACAGCACAAGAUUUACAGAAACCAGCAAAACAAACCAGAACCUGCGACCCAAAGAGCCGGAGCGCAAAGUUUGUGCUGAAGCCGAGGAUCCCGGCAGACACGGGGAUGAGUCUGGUGUCUACGAGCUCCUCAGUAAAUACGAGCCCCCUUCCUUUAACCUGCAGCACCCACACACACACACACACACACACACACACACACACACACACACACACACAGACAUGUAGAUGUGACUGAAUGGUCGGUGUUGUGCAGGCAGUGUCGUUCGGUGGUGUCAUGCCGUGUCGUGUCCUCUCACCACACUAUGAUGGCGGUGUUGCAGAGAAAAAGGUCCCUCAGUAAAUUUGUGCCUCCUGGGUGCAGAUGGGUUGCUUUGCCAACUUCCCCUCCCCAACCUGUUGCCCCCACCGUCCGGUUCCCCUGAAGUCCAGUUUCACUGGUUGCUCCUUAAAUUCUUGAACCUUCUAAUCAAAAACCAGCAAAAUGACGACGAUAAAGAUCCAGAUCCAAAAUUGUUGCUUCAUUUAGUGAAACCAUUGAGCAAACGGCAAAUAAAAGGAUUUUAAAAACCUCCACUGAAGCUGGCGCCCCUCCCCGCCCCGUUUCCCCUGGACUGUAAAAACUCGUCGUUGUCUUUAGAGACAGCACAUCUUAGCAGCACAAAGUCUUUUUGUCCUGUUCUCAUCCGUCUGUUUUCCUCAUGAUUUUAUCACUUUUGGGGGAUUUUUGAUUAUUUAUGUGUAAUUUUAGCACUGAGGGUAUUUAAGUGGGAGGUCAGG